UGCGCCUCACAUUUGUUUAAAACAAAGCCUUACGAUGCAACUCCUAAUGGUGCUUCUGUGGUUCGUGCUGAACUGCAACGCGCUUGGCUAUUCCAAUAGUAAUCAGUAUGGAACAAUAACCCUGAUCAAGCCAUCGUAUGUGAACAGACCGGUGACGCUGAAGAUGGAGCCACGUGAUGAGUGGAUUGGCGGCGUCGUAUGGAAAUACAUGCAACCAGGAUCAGCCGAGUUCAAGGUCGCUAACAGUCAAAAUGACAGUAUUCAGUUCUCAGAAAAUGGAUCUUACUAUUUUACCCUCAUUAAUGCAAAGGCUAUUUAUAAUAACACGCUCUUUUACGCUGAAUGUGCCUACAACCCAUCCAUGAAAUCACAAAUAAUAGAGCUGGAUUUAGAGGUUCCACAAAACUCUGUCGUUGUCGGGCCUCAGUAUGGAGACUUUUUUAAGACAAAAUGUGUUUACGCUGAUGCUGGUAUCGACAUAUUUUGCAAGACAGACACGGGAAUAGAUCCUGUGAGUGUUAGCUUUAGUGUUGGAGGCAAGGUAUUACCACUUUUAGCUGAUGGGAAAGAGCCAGAGUUGCGCAAAUUAGACAACACCCGACUCCGCCUUAAGAAGGAAAUGGCUGGCAGUAAUUUAACCUGUAAAGUUGUAUACAGCGCCAAUAAGGCUCCAGUUGAGUUUACAGCACAUUUGUGCUAUUUAGAGUUUGGUACGGGUCCAACAUUAAUAGAACCAAGUUGUUUCUAUGGCGAUGACUCAACUGCAACUUGUGAAAUGCAUAAUAUUCGACCGGUUCAAAAGAUUGAAAUUCGUGUAAACGACAGGAUAUUAAAAGUGCAACAACAAGAUGAAUACGAUCGUUCAAAAAACACCUUCUCCAGCAAAGCAACUCUUAAAACUGCUUCUAAGGAAUGGAAUGGAACAGAAAUGUGUUGCACAUCAAGGAUUGGGAACAACAAUAUUGGAAGGUCUAUUUGCAAGCCAAUACUUAUGAGCUGUAUGCAGACUAACGAACGAAGCUCGCUUUUCGUUAGCUUCUGGCUCCCAAUUAUCGCCGGUAGUUUGGCAUUUAUCAGUAUGUCCACAAUAACGCUUAUUUGCUGUCUACGAAAAAGACGUCAACAUAACGUUUACCAGACGAGCGCCAGAGAUAAGACAAGGUCUAAUAUGAACAAACAUGAGCCAGUGUAUUCAACUAUAGAUGAUCCCAUAGACACCGCAAUUAGAAGUACCAUGACUUUUAGCCGACAGAUGAGUGCGUCUGCACAGUCAACAGGUUAUAUGACACCAAUCUCAAGAACAACCACUAGUGAGCAAAUUACGCUGACGAAUUUGAGAAAGAUCGACAGCGUACAUAUAACAACGAAUGACGAGCCACAUACUUCCGAAAUCGCUCGACAAGAUAAAGUCAAUGAUGCAGACGCACCAACGGCGAAUAAAGAAUACAUUGAUAUGUCAGGAUCAACACAUAUUACUUAAGAGUGUUCACAAAAACAUGUUAAGAUAAGGCGUAUUCAAUUGAAUACGACAAUAAGUGCUGUGGAACUCUUAACGAACAAAUAACAAAACUAGUUAUUUGUAAUUAUUGGUGAAUUAUCAAUUCAUGCUUCUUUUCUGACUUCUAUGCUGAUUAUGUGCCUCAUAUUGUUGUAUGAAGAUGGACAAAAACAUGGAACAUGUGUUUAAAACGUUUGUGAUUCGGUAAAUCUUAACGAAAUAAUAAAAUAAAUAGUUUAUUAUUAAUGUCUGAUCAGUUUAUGUUACUUUUCUGUCUUCAAAUGUUUCGUUUGUUUUCUUUUGGUAAUGUUAUAGGACGGAUUUGGUUAUUUAAAUAAAGAAAUAAAGCGCG